AUGUCAGAAGGACUGUUCCAAAAACUACCACUUCCAGACGGUGGUACAGUCAGACAACCGGUCGGACUGUACAUUGAUGGUCAGUGGAUAAAAUCCAGAGAAGUACUUGAAACAGUGGAUCCUGCCACCGAAGAAGUUAUUACAAAGGUCUAUUUAGCUGGUACCGAAGAGGUCGAUCUUGCAGUUAAAGCAGCAAGAAAUGCUUUUAAAAACUGGAGGAAGGUUCACGGUUCCGAACGGGGUUCAUUAUUGAUGAAGUUAGCAGAUGCCGCUGAAAAGCAUAUUGAUACACUAUCCGCCAUUGAAGCAAUGGAUUCAGGGAAACCAAAAGAUUCCAACGCCCGUGGCGAUGUGGAGGGAACUAUAGCUUUACUUCGGUAUUGCGCCGGAUGGGCUGACAAAAUCUAUGGGUCUGUCAUCCCGACAGGCUCCGAAAAACUUGCGUAUUCAAAAAGAUUGCCAAUUGGUGUUUGUGGUCAAAUUGUUCCAUGGAACUAUCCAUUGAAUAUGGCAGGAUGGAAGAUUGCUCCGGCUUUAGCCGCUGGUAACUGUAUCAUCAUUAAAUCCGCUGAAACUACCCCCCUUUCAUUAUUAUACUUUGCUCAGUUAGUUGACAAAGUUGGAUUCCCCAAAGGUGUAGUGAAUAUUAUUAGCGGACUGGGUAAAGUUGCUGGAUCACACAUUGCUUCUCACCCAGGAAUCGAUAAAAUUGCAUUUACUGGAUCAACAGAGAUUGGCAGUACUAUACAAAAACUGGCUUCUUCCAAUUUAAAAACAGUAACACUUGAAUGUGGUGGAAAAUCCCCGUUCAUUGUUUUUGAAGAUGCUGAUAUUGAGCAGGCUGUUAAGUGGGCUGCUGUAGGCAUCGUAUUUAACAGCGGUCAAAUUUGUACGGGAAACUCUAGAAUCUAUGUACAAGAAAAGGUAUAUGAAAAGUUUUUGGAAAAAUUCAAAGAUCAUGUUUUGGCAGACUAUAAGCUUGGAUCUCCAUUUGAUGAAUCGACAGUUGUUGGACCUGUUGUCAACAAAGUUCAGUACGACCGAGUCCUUCAUUACAUCAAUGUUGGUAAAAAUGAAGGAGCUAGGGUGGUUUUAGGGAAUGAACAGAAUCCCUCAAAGAAAGGAUACUUUAUCCACCCAGUCAUUUUCGCUGAUUGUCAUCAGGGAAUGACGAUUGUAAAAGACGAAAUCUUUGGACCCGUUGUAGCUGUAUCGAAAUUUACUACGGAAGAUGAAGUGCUAGAAAAAGCAAACGACAGUAUAUAUGGAUUGGCAGCGAUGUGCUUUACUCAAAAUCUCGAAAGAGCCCAUCGCGUUAGUGACGAAUUAGAGACUGGUAUGGUAUUCAUUAAUUCGGCAGAAAACAGUGAUAUACAAGCUCCCUUUGGAGGGGUUAAGAUGAGCGGAAUUGGCAGUGAAUUAGGAGCACCAGGCAUUGAAACGUACACUCAUCUAAAAACUGUCCAUUUAAACUUAAGUAACAAGCUUUAA